GACCGGAGCAAUGAGCACUUGUAUGCACAGAAGCCACCAAUGAGGAAACAUUCUGUGUAAUGUUCAUUACCUCGGUGUAGUAUCACUUGUUCUAUCUCGUAUUUUGAUUUCUUGGAUAUCCCUCUACAUGCUCAAUACGAUUACGUUGAAGGCCUCGAAUCGAAGAUCUGAAAGAUCAUCGACGAUGAGGUAUUUCCCUGUCCGGAAGGCGGGAAUUCCGGCCAAGAGAUCACUUCUGGCUGAACUCAGCAGCAUCGUGCAGUAUUGCUGAGCGUUUUUAAUCUUGGAGUAUAGGUGAGGCAGUUGUGAAAUGGUGAGGUGAUAGAGAAAUAGGUAUAUAAGGAGAGGAAGGAGCGAUCAAAUAUUCUUUCCUCAUCGCAACAACAUCGUCCAGUCUUCACUUGAUAAACAUCCCAUUCAAUAAGCAACAAUCCAAAUCUCGAACAACUCUUCAAAGAAACCAAUAAUUCCAACCCACCAACGUCCAUAAAUCACUAUGCAUUUCACACAAGCUACUUCUGCCAUUUUGGCAACCCUUGCCUUAUCUUCUACAGUCUUCGCUGGCGUCCUAAAGGCAACUGAUUCAUUCUGCUCCAACUCCGCAGGUUGUGUUUGGCAAAACCCAGCUUCUUGGCCAGGUGUUUAUGAGUGCAGCUGCAAUCUUGCUUCACCAGAUGGAAAAUCUGUACUUCUUCUCCAAGGCUACACCGACUGGAACUAUGAAGGAUUUCUUUACAACGGUUACUCCACUCCCGGCGUCUGCAAUAACAUGCCGGAUCUCUUCAACAAGAAUACCGAAUCAAUGAACAUUAACGUUGCCAACACACCCGGUUGUUGGAUCUAUACCCAAAAGAACUGUGUUGGUGACUAUGCCGUCAUCGAUUCCAAUGGUAUCGCAGAAUUGAAAGGCUACUACGACAAAGGUGUCCAAAGUUGGAUUUGCGAUCCCCCGACUUCUUAAAUUCUCUUCCUUCUUUUCUUUCAAAGUAACGAUUACGAUUACAUACACGAUACGGUAUAGAAGCGAAUAGAAGUUUUCUAGAGCUUGAUGGAUGAUCAACUGGUAUUUGAGCAAUCGAGAGCCGGCGAUAAUGUGUUGGGAUGAUUGGAGUUUGAUGGAUGGGAUAUGGGAGGAUCUCUUUUUUGUUCUUCUUUUUGGCCUUUUUUUGGGUGCGAUGAGUGGGGUGGAUUGAGUUUCCUUUGGUUUGGAAGAAUGGUGGGAGGUCUUUGGACAUGAUUUUAGGAGGGAACUUUCGAAUACUUCUUCUCGGGGGAAUCCAACAUUCUCGCCCUUUAUUUUAAUCCUUCUAAUUUUCAUUUGUUAUCGCUAGGUAUUAGUAGUUGGUGUUAGGUAGCGAAGCAUAAUAUCUAUUGAAGUAACUUCA